CAUCCGAGAGAGAUUUGCAUCAUGUACGUGGUGGAGGACAAAGGGGGCGCCAUCGCGCUCAUGCUCACGGCGCUCGUCUUCCUGGGGACAUGGCCAGCGAUCAUGAACCUGUUAGAACGAAGAGGGCGAUUGCCACAGCACACGUACCUCGACUACUGCAUCACCAAUUACAUUGCUGCCAUUGUCAUCGCGCUCACGCUCGGCCAGAUCGGCGAGAGUUCCACUCAGACUCCCAAUUUCCUGGAGCAGCUCAAGCAGGAUAACUGGCCGUCUGUUGGAUUCGCCAUGGCCGGUGGAAUCGUCCUGUGCCUAGGAAACCUCUCCCUCCAGUACGCGCUAGCAUACGUUGGUCUGUCGGUAGCCGAAGUUAUCUCGUGCAGCAUCACUGUCGUCGCUGGCACCACCAUGAACUACUUUCUCGACGAUCGGAUCAACCGGGCCGAGAUUCUCUUCCCUGGAGUCGCCUGCUUCCUGAUCGCUGUCUUUCUCGGCUCGGCGCUGCAUUCUUCCAACACCAAAGAUAACCGAGCCAAGCUCGCGGCCGCAGAGCUUCUCAACAGCAAUGAUGGCUCCGGAUCUUCUUACAAAAGAUUGGACGUCGAGAUGGCGGCUGUGGAAACCAAGAACCAACCGGAGGAGGAGAACGGCACCACCAAAACUGUCAAAGCUCAAGCUGGAACUGCCGAGUUCCUCGAUCAACUCGAGCACAAGCGAGCGAUCAAAAACACCACCUCCAACACCAUCCUGGGCCUGGGAAUCAUCUUCUUCGCAGGCGCUUGCUUCUCCCUCUUCAGUCCGGCUUUCAACGUUGCCACCAACGAUCAGUGGCACACUCUAAAGCCCGGAGUUCCCCGCUUGGUGGUAUACACUGCCUUCUUCUACUUCAGCACAUCCUUCUUCGUGCUCGCGCUCUUCCUCAGCCUUGUCCUCCUCUACCGCCCCGCCGUUGGACUGCCAAAGUCCUCCCUCACAGCUUACGUCGCGGAUUGGAAUGGAAGGCCGUGGGCAUUGCUCGCAGGACUCUUGUGUGGCUUUGGAAACGGGCUCCAGUUCAUGGGAGGCCAAGCUGCUGGUUACGCUGCUGCCGACGCUGUCCAGGCGAUGCCGCUGGUUAGCACCCUGUGGGGUGUGCUCUUUUUUGGCGAGUACAUUCGAUCGUCGCGAAGAACGUACAUGCUGCUGGCAGCCAUGCUUACAAUGUUUUGCAUUGCGGUGGCAGUUCUCAUGGCAUCCUCAGGCCACCGAAAGCAUUCCUGAGUAAAGUAUACUACAGUUAGCUAUGAUCAUCUGAUAGAUCAAAACUAAAGAAAGAAGGCACACACGAAUUCAAGCCUUUGAGAUCUCAAUCAAAACUAAGAAAGAAGAAGAAGAAGAAGAGAUGGAACUA